CAAUUCAAUACAUUAGAUAGCUAGAAUUUGAAUUGCAGUUUACCAAUAUGGUUGGGAAAUUAGUUUUCGCUUGCUUGCUAGUUUACGCCUUUGCGUUUCAAGGUAAACCGAGUUUCGAUAAAGGUUAUGAAACCGUUGCUGCUGAAGAAGGAGCAUUGUUACAAAUCACAUGCUCUGCUAAGGGUACUCCGCCUAUAACUCACACAUGGUUUGAUAAGGAUGAUUUAGUUGUAUCAGAAAUGCCAUUCAACAGAAUUUUCUCCGUUGCAAGGCCAAACGAGACUCUGAUCGUUUUCAAAAAUACAACCCGACAAGACAGCGGUGAAUACACAUGUUCUGCUUCCAAUAUUCACGGCAUGGUGAGCAAAGUAUACCAACUAUUUAUCAUUCCUAAAUUGGGUACAGAUCAACUAUAAAAAAGUAAACUGCAAUAGAGUCUUCAAAAUAUCCAAUUGCAAUCCAUUCCUCCGUGAUUUCUUUGUCUGGAUAAAUGUACUUAUUAUGACAUUUACUUAAUUUCAGAGGACCUUUCCUGCCAAAUAUUUAAUUUUUCAGAUAGAAAGCACUAAAUUUAAGAGCGCUCAUCCAGUGGCCUGAUUCGUAAAGGGCGAAAUGAUAUUAAAUGAUUCAAAAUGCUCAUUUAAGACAGAGUAAUUUUUUAUCAAAUAUAAUAAACAAUAAAAGCCAAAUGUAUGGAAAUUUUUCUGUUUAAACAAAUUUUGUCUUUCUCAUUACUGUGUUUUUUAUGCUAAAAAUGUAUCUUCCUGUAUCUUAAUAUUGUUUACAGACUGAUAUGGAAAUAAAAGUUUUAUAAAUUAAAA